AUGUGGGGAGGGCCCCCCAUUAUGGGCAUUGAUUUAUUGGGGCAUCUGCGGAUAUUAGCAUCCCAAGUAGUCUGCCCUUCCGGGCCUGCCGUUAUUGUUAAUCUGACUUAUCUUUGGGUGGCCCACGGGGCUUGGGUUGACCAUUCUGGCGGGACGUAUAAAACAAAUGCCAAGAUUGCGAGGACCGUCUUGCCGUCUGCAAAAUGUGAAGCGACCUGCAGUCAGAGCAUCUCACGCGCACAAGGCAGGUUGGCCAGCCGUGGGUCGCAAGCGACCGGAAACGGCACUAGUGUGGCCGGUGGGAUACAGAGCCCAGCUGAGCGAAACGGUGUGCAUAAAAAGUCAAACUCUAUUUCCGGUGCUACGUAA